AGUCCAUGGGGUCGCAAAGAGUUGGACACGACUGAGCAACUGACACCUUCACUUUGGCUUGUCUGAAAGUGCUUGGUUUUGUGGGAAGAGUGAGUUGUGUAUUUAAUCCACUUCUCUACUGACUUUGACAAAUGGCUUAUUCAGGACCCCAGAGAUGUACCAAUAAAUAAGGAAAAAACUCAAAUUGGGAAGCCUGGCUGAGAAUCUCCAAUAUAAAGAAUCUAACCUGGAGACAGAUGCUGGGAUGAGCUAGUUACGAAAACUCAAGACAGAAGUGGAGGUGUUUUCAUUCUUCACUUCUCAUUUGAGUUGCUCUUAGGACAAUGAGUUAAGUGAGUAAGAGGAAAAUCAAGAAGUCUCACUCCAGAUUUCCCAGUAGCUAGAGAUGAGGUAGACACUGUCAUUAUUUUGUAGUAGCAGGACUUUCUGUAAGACAAAUACAGCUAUUAAUGUAGACAACACAGAUAAAUAGCUAAUUCUGAAGCCAUAGUGAUAAGACUGCCUUUUCUUUACUUUCUUUAAUUGCUUAGAAAAAGGUUGAUUAGGGAACAGUUACUGGUUUAUUUAUUUUUUCAGUUACUGGUUUAGAGUUGUCUAUAAACCACUGUUUUCUUUCUGUCUGUUUAGAAAGGGAGUGGCUUCUAAUUUCUGAGUCCAAACCACUGUAGGGAGUUGUGGUACCCUUUGUUAUUGAAAGCAGCGUCAUCCUUUAUACCAGAAAGCUGGCGGGCACUAUGGGGAAAAAACAAAACAAGAAGAAAGUGGAGGAGGUGCUAGAAGAAGAGGAGGAAGAGUAUGUGGUGGAGAAAGUCCUAGACCGCCGAGUGGUGAAGGGCAAAGUGGAGUACCUGCUGAAGUGGAAGGGGUUCUCAGAUGAGGAUAACACAUGGGAACCAGAAGAGAACCUGGAUUGCCCUGACCUCAUUGCUGAGUUUCUGCAGUCACAGAAAACAGCACACGAGACAGAUAAAUCAGAGGGAGGCAAGCGCAAAGCUGAUUCUGAUUCAGAAGAUAAGGGGGAGGAGAGCAAACCAAAGAAGAAAAAAGAAGAGUCAGAAAAGCCACGAGGCUUUGCCCGGGGUUUGGAACCAGAGCGGAUUAUUGGAGCUACGGACUCCAGUGGAGAACUCAUGUUCCUAAUGAAAUGGAAGAACUCUGACGAGGCUGACCUGGUUCCCGCCAAGGAGGCCAAUGUCAAGUGCCCGCAGGUUGUCAUAUCCUUCUAUGAGGAAAGGCUGACGUGGCAUUCUUACCCCUCAGAGGAUGAUGACAAAAAAGAUGAUAAGAAUUAACUUUCUUGAAUACCAGCCCCUGUCACAUCUGACUGUGGGUUUCAAGUGGGGAAAGAAGGAGUUCUACUUGUCUUGACACCAUAAAGGUGGCUUGAGAAGAUGUCCUUUGAAGAGCCAGUAUAGUUUCUGUGCCCUACAGCAGCCCAAGUGCUUUAAAGCCGUUCCAUGCUGUAUAGUUUGCACACCCAUCCCGGUGGAGGGGAAGGAGGGUCAGUGUUUCAAGGCAACCCGUUCUGAACUUUGCUUAAAAAAAAAAAAGCAAAGGGCCUUCUAUGAAGGACAAAACGCAGAAUGGGAUGUGGGAGAGCAAGAGAUAACUGUAAAUCUUCAAAGAGCAUCUCCACAACCCACACAGCCUUCUUCCCGAUAGUGUUAACUCUGCAUUUUUACAGCGUAGCAUGUGUGUAGUUUUUGGCUAUUACUGGUGUAUUAUUUGGGGUGGGUGGGGUGGGGUGGGAAAAAGGGAGAUGGGUUAGGAUCAUUUUUGUUAAAAUUUGGGGAAGUGGUAAAACAAAAGAAAGAACAACUAAUGAUGAUUGGGUUCUGUGUCCAGAAUAUUGUAUCCUUUCAAAAAAUGUCAUUGGCAACCUAAAUGAGGACUGUGAGAGACUGUUUAAAAGCUGUGAAUGCCUGAAACUUAGAAGCCAAGGUAUUCCCUGCCUGAGCUUAAUGCUGUUCCCAACAAAGGACUAAGAAGCUACCAAAGCUGCCAUUUGGGGGAUGGAAACUGGUUGAGGAGGAAAAGUCUUAUGGGAGUGUAUACACAGGCAGAUCAUUCUGUCUUAGAGGUGCUACUUAUGAAACUGACAAGAAGACCCUUUCUUUUCCUUUUGUGAAGUUACCAAUAUCAGCUUCUCCAUCCAAGCCACUGGUGAAGUAUUUAGGGAAGGGCAGAGAGUGGUAUAGGAGGUAAGUGAGUAGGGAAAGACAAGGGCCGGUGCUUAUAGGGUGGAAAACUCUUGGCGCCUCUGUUUUUUGAACUUUGAAACCACUGGUGGCAGGGUUCAGUCACUGACAGCACAAGUUCAAGAGUUGAAUGAUUUCAAAAGCCCUGGUCUCAGGAGAAGAUUUAAUUUUCAUACUGGGGCAGUGGUUCACUUUAAAACAAAACAAAUUUUUUAAUCCUAAGAAUUAACUAAAAUCCAAAACGCUGUCUUGAGUCAUGAGAUCCAUCAAUUGUUGACAUUGUCUUGACCUGCAUCUAGAACUCCAUUGUAAUUUUUAGGCGUGUGAUAGGUUUUUGUGAAAACUUUUGUUUAAAUGUAAACUUCAUAUCAACACUGUCAGUUUUUUGUCUUAAUAAAACUAUAUAGAUUUAUAAUCCUUGA